AUGCUACUUAAGGUGAGAGUUUUGGAGACUAGGGAGAUUUUCUUUUGUUCUCCAGUGUAUGCUCUAAAUUUGGAUAAAGAUAGGAUUGCUCUAUGGAACUUUCUGGAACAUUACUCUACUUUUGCUACUGGCCCUUGGAUGGCUUUAGGAGAUUGGAAUGCUAUUAGAUUUCACAGUGAUAAGAAGGGGGGGAAAAAAGUGCCUCAAAGAAUUCUUAAUGAUUUUAAUGAUUGUCUUCAUAAAGCUGGGUUAAGUGAGGUUCAUCCUACAAAUGGAGAAUGGUCAUGGUGUAACAGACAGGUUUUUCUUAGGAGAAUUUUUGUGAAAUUGGAUAGGGUUUUCUUGAAUGAGAGGUGGAUAUAUAGUUUGCCUGGUACUAAAGUUCUAUAUACAUCAGCUGCUUGCUCAGAUCACUAUGGUAUGUCUAUUCACAUUUUAAUGGAGUUUGCUGCUGGACCUAAGCCUUUUAAAAUGUUGAAGGUGUGGUGUCUACAAGGAUGUGUCCAAUCUCUUGUGAAGAAAGCAUGGGACAAUGAAAUCUCUGGUAAUCCUAUACAUGUUCUUUUGCAGAAAUUGAGAUUAGUUAAGAAAGCACUUAAGGAUUGGAAUAAAAAUUGCUUUGGUAAUAUUGGUGAAAAACUAAUUAAGUCUAAGCAUCAUUUGGAUGAAGUGCAGUUGGAACUUUUGAGGGAUCCUUCUGAAAAUAAUUUCCAAGUUGAACAAGAAGCUAGAUUGGAUUAUCAAGCUGCUGUGGUGGAUCAAGAGGUGUUGGUUUCACAGAAAUCCAGAAUUCUCUGGCUUAAGGAUACCGACAGGUGCACUUCCUAUUUUUAUAAUAAAAUGAAGCAACAUAGAAAUUUCAAUGCUAUUACCUUAGUUAAGAAUGACAGCGGAUAA